AUGGAACGGCCUCCAAAGCGAGCGCGAGUUGGCGCCUCCUCCUUUCACCCUGACGCUGUCGACGACGAAGACGAUGUCGAGGCCGACGAGCUGAAUUCACGGCCCGAAGACUUGAAUGCGCGCCGCGACCCAGGCUAUCGUCUGCAAAAGUCUCGCGCUUUUGCGGCGCUCAAGCUCAAGUCGGCUUUCGAAAGCAUCUUUGACAAAUACGAGAAGGACUUCACAGGCAUUGGUGACGAGAUCGACUUGAGAACCUGUGAAGUUGUCGUCGACAAUGGACACAUCCAGUCGCUCAAAAAGACCGACACGGCCCUGGGCGCAUUCGGCAAUGACAACGACAACAUCUCUGAAGCCCUCGCAACUGAGGACUCAGCCUCGGAUACUGCCUCGAUAGACGAAGAGGAAAGAAUAUUGCAGGGAAAAAGUGACCUACGACUAAGCUCGCUACGGCAGCUUGGACCGCCUCCCUUGGCCUCACAUAUCAUCCCAUCCUACUUCAAUGGGCCAUGGGCGGGACCUUCGCCGUUUAUGGCAGGAUCCACGCCGUUUAUGGGGGGGCCCUCGCCGUUCAUGGGAGCCCCCCCGCUAUUCCCUGGCUCAGGGUCAUUUCCACCGAUGCAGGCUGGCGGUGGUUUCUCUAUGCCGUACGGCGCACCACCCCCAAUAAACAACUGGUCUGAAGCUGCUUGGAGGGUUCCGGAGCUGCCCCCGUCCGCCUUCCAAAACACGUGGCAGCCCGCCGGCACAACUUCGUUCUCUCGGGGCAAGGCGAGAAUGCCGCUGAUUUCCGGUGGCGAUGCCGACGACAAGGACGAGGACGACAUUCUCAUGGGAGUUUCUACUGUAGAACCGACCGAGCCGGGGCCCGGCGGAGUGUCGGUCCCGAAGAAGCUGCCACCGCAAGGCCUUCUCCGUGCGAGCGAUUCUUCUGAAAAGAUCAGCCGUCCAGCGGCGUCUGAGCCGAAACCGAAACCAAAGGAUGCCAACACCCCAACGAGCAGAACCCCCUCAAAGCAAAAAAAGCUAGCGAUAUUGGACUCAGGUGGCGGCAGUUUGAAGCCCAAGAAAGACAAACAAACCCCGGUCACCAAAUAUCCGCUUGAAGCUGAGCUACUGCUGUCAUCCGAUGCUCAUGACCCCGCCACCCCUACGACGUCGGCUCGGCAAGUCAAAGCACCACAGAGCCGACGCAAACGUGCGUCGGGUGAGGGCUAUCUGGCGGCGGUCGAGGCCACUCCGCCUGAGAAGCUGUCAUUGUCGUCCCAAACUCCUGCGCGAGUAACAGAGCAGCCAGACGUUUACAUUGGUCAUUCUGAACUGAGCAUCAAAAGUGCAACAAAACCAAGAAACCAGUGCCUGCGGGUAGAAAUUGUGGCGAAAAGAGCAAGCGAAUACGCCUUGUUCAGGGCCAUUACUCCCGAAGCCACACCAGAAACCACGCUUGAAAUGGCAUAUCCCACGCCUCAAAAUGUAGGCGAGGACGAGUCAGAGACUGGUCAUAUCCAUGCCAGUCCUGCCAAAGCACGGAUGCCCACCCCCGAGAGUGAAUCUCAGUCUGAAGGCGUCGCUGUCGAAGUAUUUUCGAGGAACGUCCUGGAUCCCGCAUACACCUUUUCCGACGAGGAGGAGCCCGCGCUGCCAAAAUCCAAGAACUGUCGCCGCUUCGACCGCAAGCCGAACACGGUCAUUAGGGCACACCAGAACAAUCCAGCACCGGGGACUGUAUCCCCGGCACCUAGGGGUGAAACUUCCAAUAGGAAAAAGGAGCGCCGAAGUACAAAUCACAAAAUCAUCACUCAUACGCCCCCAUCAGGUCCCGAUGUGGUUCCAGAAGUAGCGAUUGCUUGCGCUCAGUACACAGCCGGUCAUCGAGACGCCGACCCUAGCAGUAGCAGAGACUGUCUCGAGCACUACGUUCUCCUCGACAAGGAACCAGCAAUCAUACAUCAGGAUGAUGAUAAUGGACAACAGCAGCAAGACCCGGUCCCCUCGUUACCUACCACACCAGGCCAUCCAGAAGCUGCAGCAACAGUUGCCGAGAAAAUACAGUCUUCUAAGCCGGUGGCACAGAAGAGCGACAAGGAGAAUGCCAAGCGGCAGGAGGCGGCACCCGCCACUCCAGUGAAUCCAAACAAAACCCAACGCCACACAACAGUGUCUUCAAACACGAGACCCGCCCCAUCUUCCAGGCACACCGGCCUUCUUUCUCUCCUCUCAGACGACGACGAAGACGAGCUAUCUCUAGGGCCCGAAAAUUUCACGCCUUCGGGCAGUCGCUGCAAGCAUCGCCAUAACAACCUCUACUCGUCUCCUUCCGAGCAACACGCUCGCGUGCGCCUGGCUCUCGCGGCCUCGGCGGCUUCCUCUAGCACCAUCAAGAAGAGGAAGCUGACCCUGAAAAAGGGGCUGCUCCUAAGCUCACACAGCAAGAAAACUGGUGCUGCCGGUCCCAUGUCCUCGCCUUCCUCUCUCCGGUCGACCCUAGCCCGGUUUUCCGCCACUGGCAGGGGCCCCAUGUCGUCCUCCCUCACCACAGCGGCCCUGGCUUUUCGCGGCAGCGGGGCGGAUCUCGCCGUCCGCCAGCGCCGAGGGAGGAGCGUCGAGACGACCUCGGAGCCGAUGGGGUCGGAGCUGGUCCAGACUCCCGGUGGGAGCAUGCGCAGAUGCGGCGAGGGCGGUUUCCGCUGCGACAGGGACUUUUGCUUUGCCUGUCUCUGA